AUGGACCAAGAAGACGCCAAAACUGAAGACGACAGACCUACGAAAGUUGACGUUUUACUCCGACCUGCUGGAGACGCGCCGAUAUUAAAGAAAAAGAAAUGGCAGGUGGACUCUGCUAAGACUGUUGAAUGGGUCGUCGGAUUUCUGAGAAAACUUUUAAAAUGUGAAGAUUCUGAUUCGUUGUUUUUAUACGUCAAUCAAGCGUUCGCCCCCUCGCCCGAUAGAGACAUUGGUUCCUUGUAUGAAUGCUUCGGGAGCGACGAGAAACUUGUAUUACAUUAUGCUAAGACACAAGCGUGGGGCUGA